AUGGCAACUAAAAACCAAUCGCCCUAUUUAGUUGAAUAUGCCAAAUCCGAUAGAUCAAGUUGUGCCACUUGUUCAAGAGGUAUUAAUAAAGAAGAUGUUAGAAUUGGUUACAAAACCAAAUCAAGACACUUUGAUGGAAUGGAUAUUUCAUGGCAUCAUUUAAAAUGUAAAUGCGCAGGUGUACCAAAAUUUACUGAUUUAGUUCACUGGGAAUAUCUUAAAUGGGAGGAUCAAUUAGAUAUUAAAACCAAAUAUUUCAAACAUGAAAAGUAUGAUCCAAAAUCAGCAACAGAGGUUCAAAGACAAAAAUAUUUAGUAGCUCUUUGGGAUACCAAAGAUCUUAUUGGAGAUAAUCUUAAAGGUCCUGCUAUCAAGUCAAUAAUUCAAUUUAACAAAGGUUUUGUUGACAAAGUAUCACCAGUCCAUCUUCUCCAUACUCUUUCUGAUUGGAUGUUGAAAGGUCGUCCAGGUAAAUGCCCAACAUGUAAAAACUUUGAAGUAUUAUUCAAUGGUGUCGAGUUUCAAUGCAAAGGUUGGCUUUCUGAAUUUACCAAGUGUGAUUGGAGUGGUGAUUCUCUUGAUCGUUUCAAAGUAUUAAUUCCACCAGAACUUGCAAGUAACAAAUUCCUCUCAUCUUAUAAAUACACCAAAGACUAUCCAAAAGCUGAACCAAAAUAUAAUGAUGACGAUGAUGAAGAAGAAGAUGAAGAAGAAGAAGAAGAAGAAGCAGAAAAAGGAGAAUCAGCCUCACUUCAAGAGAGUGCAAGUUUAAAAUCCGAAGAUGGUGCCGAUUUAAGCGAGGCCGCUCUCGAUCCAAAUAGAGAAGAAGAUGAAGUACCAGUUAAUGAAGAGUGUGUUAAUAUGAUUUUUUCUAUUGCAGGUUCAGCCAAAGUUUUAGGUAUUGCAACUAGUGAAAUUAAAGAUCUCAUUAAUGACCAUGGAGGUUCAGUUGUAGAGGAUCCACUCAAAGCCACAGUUAUGAUUUCAUGUGAUGAAGAGGUCAAAAAAAAUAAAGUUACCAAAAAAGUUCAGAAUGCUAUCGAUAACAUCCCAAUCUUUUCAGUUGAAUGGCUCAAAGAUUUAUGUAAUAGAACUAACAAAGGCAUUGAGUUAAGAAAAACCUCAGUUUCAAAAGAUUUAGUAAUCACUCCAUCAAAAUUAAAUGAUGAUCAAUUACUUUAUACUGAAAAAUAUUUUAAACCAGUCGAAAAGAAAACCACAACCACAACCACCACAAGCAAAAAGAGAAAAGAGAUUGAAGUUGAAGUCAAACCAAAAAAACAACCAAAACCAGGCUCAAAUAUUCUAAAGGUCCACAGUGAUUAUAGUUUCCGUUCCUAUGAAAUUUAUGUUAGCUAUGACAAAGAUAACGGCUAUACUGCCCAUAAUGUUAUGCUUAAUCUUUUAGAUAUCGAAAGCAAUUCAAACAAAUUCUAUCAAAUUCAAUUAAUCAAAAAAAUAGGUGUUGAAUCAUAUACUGUUUUCUUAAAAUGGGGUAGAGUCGGUGUAGAUUCUGUUGGUGGUUCAAAAGAAGAAACAUUCAAAACCUAUAAUAAAGCUUUAGCUUUAUUCGCUGAAAGAUUCUUCUAUUUUACAGACAAUAACUGGGAAGAUCGUCUUAGAUUCAAAAAGAAACCAAGAAAGUACUUUAUGGUUGCUCUUGAUGAUGGUUGGGAAGAUGAAGAAGAACAAGAAGAGGUAAAUAAUGUAUUUAAAAAGAAGAGAGAGGAUCUUACCUCCAACACCGAAAACCAAAUCGUCACAAAGAAAGAAGGUCUUCAUGAAAGAGUUCAAGAUUUAAUAAGAUUAAUGUUUGAUCAAGAUAUGAUGAAGAAACAAUUACAAUCUAUGAAUGUUGAUACUGAUAAGAUGCCAUUGGGUAAAAUCAAAAAAUCGCAAUUAAUGCAAGGUUACAAGGUAUUAUCUGAAAUUCAAGAUCUCCUUACUUCUGAAGGUGCUAAUGUUUCAAAGAAUAGAUUAAAAGAUUGCUCCCAACGUUUCUACACUUUAAUUCCACAUAACUUUGGUAAUAACGCUCCACCACUUAUCGACUCUGUUGAAUCCAUCAAAGCUAAAAUGCAAUUGGUCGAAGCUCUUAUCGAUAUUGAUAUUGCUAACUCACUCAAGAAACAAACAGAAAAUGUUGAAGGUAAUAUGAUUGAAAACCAAUAUCUAACUCUUAACACCAAAUUCUCAAUUCUUGAUAAGAGUGGUAAUCUUUAUAAAACCUUGGUCUCCUAUGUCGAUAACAGUCAUGACACUAAACAAUUCAGAUUUGGUAUCAACGUUGAAGAUAUUCUUUCAGUUGAUAGAAAUAACGAAUCCAAUAGAUUCACUCCAUAUGCCAAAGAUCCAAAAAGACUUUUAUUAUGGCACGGUUCUCGUUUAACCAAUUUCGUUGGUAUUAUUUCACAAGGUUUAAGAAUUGCUCCACCAGAAGCUCCAAAAACUGGUUAUCGUUUCGGUAAGGGUAUUUACUUUGCAGAUACUGUCAGUAAAUCAGCCUCAUAUUGUUUUACCACCAGAGAUUCCCCAGUAGCUUUAAUGUUACUCUGCGAAGUUUAUGUUGGUGAUAAAUAUGAAUUAUUACACGACAAAUACAUGGAGGAAGCACCAAAACCAUUCCAUUCAACCAAAGCUUUGGGUAUGGCUGCCCCCAUUGGUGAUGACAAAGCCUUAGUAGAAUCAGAUAAUGUAAUUGUUCCAUUAGGUAAAAUUAAAAACACAAACUUUAAGAGUAGUUGUACCCACAAUGAGUACAUUGUCUAUAAAGUUGAUCAAGUUAAAAUCAAAUACAUUUUAAGGGUUAGAAUUGAUCACAAAUAA